GAGAGCAGAUCAGUCGUAAUAGAAGCUCUGCUGGAUAAACUACACAAAAUGUCGAGCUCGGGAAUUGUUCUUUAUGGAGUGGACCUAAGUCCCUGUGUGAGGACCAUCAAACUGGUGCUCAAGGCGCUGAAUUUGGACUACGAAUACAAGGAGGUGAAUCUCGAAGCAGGCGAGCAUCUGAGCGAGAAUUACCUGAAGAUGAACCCGCAACACACGGUGCCCGUACUGGAUGAUAAUGGAAUUUUUCUGUGGGACUCGCACGCCAUCGCCGCCUACUUGGUGGAUAAGUACGCCAAGUCGGAUGAGCUGUAUCCCAAGGAUCUGGUCAAGCGGGCGAUCAUCAACCAACGUCUGUUCUUCGACGCCAGUGUUAUUUUUGCCAGUGUAGCCAACGUAACUGGCCCCUUCUGGAUAAAUGGCAUUACUGUGGUGCCCCAGGAAAAAAUAGACACUAUUCACAGGGGUCUGGCGCUGCUGGAGGCCUUCCUCAGCAGCAGUCCCUAUCUGGCCGGCGAUUCAUUGACCCUCGCUGAUCUGAGCACUGGACCCACUGUGACCGCCCUGCCCGUCGCAGUCGAUAUUGAUCCGGAGGUCUAUCCCAAGGUCACUGCCUGGCUGGAUCGCCUCAACCAGAUCCCCUACUUCAAGGAGAUCAACGAGGCUCCGGCACAGGGAUACGUCGACUUCCUUCGCAGCCAGUGGACCAAACUGGGCGAUAAGUGAAAAAAGAUACGAAUAAUGGC